AAGACAGUCAUGCUCAGAUCUGGGACCUCCGCGGCCAAAGCCAUAGACUUCCUCCACCUUCUACAGAACCUGAAGGUGACGAAACGGACAGGAUGGAUUCGGUGCAACGUCAAAGGUCCCGAGAGCAUUGCAGAUCACAUGUAUAGAAUGGGAAUGAUGAGUCUCAUUGCUGGGGACGUGGGCGUGAACACCGACAGGUGCAUCAGGCUUUCCAUCGUGCACGAUGUUGCUGAAGCCAUUGUUGGAGACAUCACUCCCAACGACGGCAUCAGCAAAGAGCGGAAGAGACAAUUAGAAGCAGACGCUAUUGUGAAGAUACAGGAGAUGCUGGGGACUGGAAGUACUGCAGGGCAGCAGGUCAAGGAGCUUUUUGAGGAGUACGAAGAAGGGCAGACGCCUGAGGCACUCCUUGUCAAGGACUUUGACAAGCUUGAGAUGAUCCUGCAGGCCCAAGAGUAUGAGAAAGCGCAGGGGAUCAAUCUCCAGGAAUUCUUUGAAUCCACAAAGGGCAAGUUUCAAACGGAGCUAGGGAAGUCUUGGGCUGCCGAGAUUGUUGCAAGGAGAGAAGCUUUCAUUGAAAAAGGCUCUUCUUCGUAGCAGUAGUGGCUCGAUCUAAUUGUACAUUACAUUGCACAUUGCAGUGCUCGCGCUAGUGUGACUUCACGCCGCGUGCACGUGCAUGGUGCGGCACCGCGUAGGUACUUCUGGCAAUAGAAGGCCGGCCGUUGACAAGGGCUCUCGAAGGCCUUCUAGGGGCUGAUUCUUAUGUCAUGUUUGUCAUUUGUAUGUCAUACUAUGCCACAUUGUUAUAACAAGGAAGUGGCUUCUGUAACGGGUAUGCAGCCAUC